AUGGCUAGAGUCGACACCAGGCCCCAGGCGAAAAAGGGGUCGUCGGCGACCGAGGCACACACGCUGGCCCAGCUGGAGGCAUCGACGGCAUUGAUGGCCCAGGCAACGGGCGAUGAGCGGGUUAUUGCGGCCGGCCAGCAGGACGAGGGGGAUCAUGUUGAGCACAGCCAGAUUGCCGGAGCGGCCGCGCAGCUCAGCGACGAGAGCGGCCUUGUGGUUGACGCGGUAGUCGAGCAGGCAGCAGUAGGCCAGCUGGCUGCCGAUGUAGAGGGCCAGCAGCAGGGCGUGGAAGCGCGAGGGCAGGGUGCCGACAUUGACGGCGGCGGACAGCUGGAACUCGCGGUUAUGUCGCUUGCGGCCGAGGGGGGCGUAUAG